CACCUGGUCUCCAAUGUCAACUUUAACACUGAAUCAGACAGCUGCAAGACUAUCAGAUACAAUCAGUAGACUGUCCACUGUACAUAUUGGCAGUGAUGUCUCCCGUCAGAACACCGUCGAACCUCUCAAGCAGCCUUCCACCUCUCAGCUGUCUCACAAUGAACAACACUCUCCCGGUACCGUACUGUCCGCAAUCAACCAAUUAUCAGGACGUGUGUCAGAUAUCAUGGAUAUGAUCUAUGAGGCGCAGGAGAUGCGACACAUGCAAGCUGUCGACACACGCCCUCGACAGAUUGAUUCGCUCUUAACAACCAUCAGAAAUGAUUUGGACGAUAUCACUCCCCAAUACUCUGCGCUGAAAGACAAAAUCAUUGGCAUGGACGGGAACAGUCAAGAACAAAUGGCAGUAGAUGACGGGAUGGACCAACUCACUGAUGCUCUGGAAAAGCUCGUCGGAGAGGUAGCCGUGUUGGAAGAAGAGGUCAAAGCUAGCGAUUGGAUUCAGAGCUUUAGAGAAACGGCUCAACGAGCUCAAGCAUUGUUAGAUUCUCUGCAGAAAAGUUUGGACGAGUGUAUGGGAUAUGUGGAUAGAGUCAUCAAGUCGUCUACACAGGUGCCAUACAAUACAGAACUGGACGAUCAAUUGAGUAUACGGCGUUUAGAAGAACUGGCACAAGGUCACGCUUCGAUGAAAGGCUCUUAUGGCCCUACAAUCAGCCGAACGUUGAAGCAGAUGGAGAAGUUUCUGACUUCACGUCCGGCCAAAAAUGGUGAAGCCUUACGUCGAUACGGCGACAUGAAAUCCCGCUGGUCGGUCAUGCAGAAACAGC